AUGCCACUUCAAGAGUUUGAGUUCGUCGACUAUCUUGGGCCACUAGCCGUAUCGACGUGUUUUGCCGUGAUCAUCUUCUUUUUAUCGCUGGUGAUCAAUUUUGUAUGGAUUAGAAAGGACGACGAUCGAACUGUUUUCGAAAAGUUCGGUUCAACAUUCGAUCUGCGUUGUGGAGUGCAUCGAAUGCGUCAUAGGCCAAACAAGGUCAGUUCAUCAGAGAGCUUUCAUUCACUUGAACGCAUUCGGAAAAUUUCAUGA